ACGUGACAUCACCGUGGGACGAUAACUGCUCCUGCUGGUUGCCAGGGAGACUCCUGACCCCCAGCCCCCCUGUGGAGAUGGAGCACCAGGGGCUGCUCGGAGCAGAGGGGGAUUGUGGGAUGUUGGGUCUGCUGGUGCCCAGUCCCCAGAGUGAGGCGGUUACCCAUGAGCUGGAGGAGCUGUCCCUACAGCCCAGUAACAACCUGCCCCCCCUCAAUGAACGCAAGAAUGUCCUUCAGCUGAGGCUACAGCAGAGACGUACCCGUGAGCAGCUGGUAGACCAGGGCAUAAUGCCACCUCUAAAGAGCCCAGCUGCAUUCCAUGAGCAGAUACGCAGCCUGGAGAGAGCCCGGACUGAGAACUUCCUGAAGCACAAGAUCCACAGCCGACCAGAGAGAUCUGAGCUGGUCAGAAUGCACAUCCUCAAGGAGACUGGGGCAGAGCCCUCCCUGCAGGCCACCCAGAUGAAGCUGAAGAGGGCCAGGCUGGCUGACGACCUGAAUGAGAAGCUGGCUCAGCGCCCCGGUCCCAUGGAACUGGUAGAAAAGAACAUUCUGCCUGUAGAACCCAGCGUCAAGGAGGCCAUCAUUGUAAACUACCCCAAAGCACUGGACGCCUACGGGUUUGAGGAGGACAGCGGGGAUGUCCUGUCUCCAGAGCAGCCGGCCAGCCACGAGUCCCAGGCCGGCGCACCCUCCCCUGGGGAACCCCGCGCCCUGGAGACCCCCUGUCCACCACCGCUGCCCACCAUAACCACCAACCAUACCAUUCUACAGCCCUUCCCUGUUGUCAGCCAGGCAACAGCAGACUUCCUCAAAGCUCUCUCCACCAAUGAGCCACCAGUUAGUCGCCCAGCUCCCGCACCUCAGCCAAUAACCACUGUUGCUUCUCAAAAGCCAGGGCCCACCCUAGUGAAACAGAGCCAGCCCAGGCAGCCGGGGGAGAGGAAUCGCAGUAAGAAGGGCAAGGAGCCCAAGCCCCGGAUCAAGAAGUUAAAGUACCACCAGUACGUCCCCCAGGACCAGAAACAGGAGGCCAGCGAAGCCCCCAUGGACUCAUCCUACGCCAAGAUCCUCCACCAGCAGCAGCUCUUCCUCCAGCUGCAGAUCCUCCACCAGCAGCAGCAGCAGCAGCAGCACUAUAACUACCACACCAUCCUCCCAGCACCCUUAAAGCCUGUAGCUGAGGGUCAGAGCAGCGCUGUGAACGGUCUGCCAACCUCUAUAGUGGUGUCCCUGCCGCCUACCGUCACUGUCCCGCCUCCCACCCCUGUCCGCCCCAACAGCAUAUCCAACCGCAAGCCUGGCCACCUGUCCCCCAACCUGGAGGACAUGAAGGUGGCCGAGUUGAAACUGGAGCUGAAGUUGCGAAGUCUCCCUGUGUCAGGGACCAAGACUGAUCUCAUUGAGAGGCUGAAGCCUUACCAGGAGAGCCCCAGCACCCCAGCUCUGACCCCCGGCCCGAACACCCUCCCAUCCUCAGUCCCCAUGGAGGUCAGCUCAUCCCCCGCACUUCUCCUAGCUGCCCAUCAGUUGGCACCAGAGAGCAUGAGCUCCACACCCCCAGUAUCCCCAAUCCCCACAGACCUCUCCACCAUUAGAGACAACAGAGGGGUGUCCGAGCUAUUUUGCGACCCCCAGAGGGUUAGUCCCGGUCGUGCAGGCGUGGAGAUGUCCCCCCUGAGGCCGGGUGUCCCGGAGGAGAAGGAUUCGCGGCUCCAUGAGAAGGAGCGUCAGAUCGAGGAGCUGAUGAGGAAGCUGGAGCAGGAGCAGAGGCUGGUGGAGGAGCUGAAGAUGCAGCUGGAGGUGGAGAAGACCCAGCCUCUACAGGGACCCUCCACAGACUCUGUCCCCGUGAUCCAGACCUCCAACAAGGUCAAACUGGAAGACAGGGUCCUCCCUAACUGCUCAGCAAUGGGUACUGCAAACAUGGCUCCCCAGACUCACCCUCACUCUCUUCCCACUGUGGUGAAGCUGGAGGAUGUGCUCUGCAACUCCCAGCCCCUGCACCAGCCCUACCUCACCCCCACCCUGCCCCAGUUCUUCAUCAGCCACCAGGUUGUAGGCCAGCCUGGCACCCAGACCCUGCUUGCAGCCCAGGAUGGCACUACCCAGAUCCUCCUGCCUGUCCUCCAGGCUACGAUAUCAAAUCAAGCCCCAGGCCUGAUCCAGGCCUCAGUGCCCCAGGUACACACCACCAAGAUGGAGACUCGGCAGGCCUCAACUCAACAGCAGAUACUUAAUCAUAACCACAUGCUGCAGUCUUUCACAGCGUGCAACGGCCCUGGCUCUGGGAUGGUGGAGAACCAGACAGGGCCUGACAUGCAUCCCCAGUGUUUCCUGAGAAGCUCCCCAGAUAACAGGCUCUCUCCCCGGGGGGCUUCACCCAACCACACCCUCUCCAAUGGGCCUGUCAACAAGUCCCCCUCUCCAUCUCCAUCCCAGCCCACCUUCAUCCUCCAACCCUCCUCCCUCGUGACCCAGCCCCCCAUGACCAGGGAGCCCCCUCGCUACGAGGAUGCAGUCAUACAGACACGCAACCUGAAGCAGGCCAACAACCUCACACAGGUUUCCACGGCAACCAGCCAGGAGAUGGACGACCUAUUUGACAUCCUGAUUCAGAGUGGAGAGAUCACUCCUUUCAUCCAGCAGCCGGACCUUCUGUCCCUCGGCACCAAGACUGUUCCUAUCACAGCCAACAUCACUACCCUCCCUGUCAACACCGCCCUGUCCAGGCCCCCUCCACAGAUCCAGGUAGCUCCCCCUCCCAUCUCGCCCGUCGACCCACUCCAUCUCCCAAGCCUGGCCUCCAUGACCUCAGACAAGCAGUUGGAGGCCUUCCUGGAGGGAACCCUGAACGAUCCGUCCCCAACCACGGACCUCCGCACCCUGGGUCUGAUCGAGGAGCUGCAGUCCCAGCUUCUGGAUCAACCCUACUCCCCCAUGGACACCUCGGAGCUGUCCUUCUGCGACUCCACGUCUCCCCCCUCCUCCCUCAAUAUGGGCAUGUCUGACACAGCCCUGGACAACAUGGAGUGGCUCGACCUAACCAUGCCGCCCGGCCCCGCGGGGGGGCUUACACCACUGGGGAUUCCUUCAGACUUCCUGGAUACACACGACCUGCAGCUGCACUGGGACUGAUGGAGAGAUGUAUGAGGACAAGGAUGGAGGGGAAAGGAGGAAAAGGAUGGAGGGACCGAGAGAAGAGGAGGAGAGGAGUGUUUGAGGAAAUGAAAAGGGAUAGAGGCACUCAACAUAAGAAAUCCAGACUUGGUUAGUCAGGUUAUAGUCCUGGUGCAUUUUAAAACUUUAUUUUUAACACAAAAUUGUCUCGUUUAUUUUUUGCCUAGGAUGUCCUAGGAUUGGCCAGCCGGUGAUGGGGGCAUUGGGUGUUGCUUAUUAGAGUAGUGGGGCCAGAGCCAAAUGAACAAGGAUGCAGACAUUAUGGAAAUAUCCUGUAAAUGAUGGCGAUAUUUCAACCAGAACAAGGUUAGAUGUUCCCUCAGCCCUCCUGGAGUUUUCAUUGGGUUGUGCAAAGCUUUKACCAUACAACUCCUGACAGUCAGCCUGUACGGUGGUCAGCUUGGCUUGCGGUGAACACAUGGAUGUGUUAACUUAGCAUGCGUUUCACAUCAGUCGUAUGACAGGGUCUUCAUCUACAGCCAUUUCUCUGUGGACGCUGUUUGGUUAUUACAGAUCUGUUGUACACAAGCCACAACAGACAGCAUAACUGACAGAUGUAAACCUGACAAGAGUACAAGGCUGUGUUUAACACUGGUCUUUUAUUGCGACAUACCUAUAUUUGUGUUUUCUGACCCUUUUGAUACAUAUUGUAUUGGUUGAGACAGUUGGACUAUUUAAGUAAUGAACUGAACUGACGCCGAGAACAGACUCUUUCCUAUUGGACAAGGAGGAGUAGUCUCCUCCCACUAUGAGCUAUGCACUAAGGAGGCGGGCCUUACACCUCCUUCAUCUCACAAGGAAAUGUGAAUCACAGAUAAUGAUUUUGUAGAUUUAAUGGUUUAUUGAAACAAUGUUGAUCCACUUGUUGGUUAUCUCAGUGUACUAUCGCCUUCAGUUCAAGUCUAAGUUGAUCCGUCUGAAUGUAAAUGGAGACUUUACAUUGUUGGCAGCUUUAUCUUCUGAAAGACAACUGACGUAUCAGUGGGGAGGGACCAAAUAUGGUAUCACACAGGUACACUACAUACAGGUUAAUGUGUGUACUUACUGUAUGCUAGCCUGCUUCCAUCUCUGUUUGUGCUCUUGCCAACUCUGUUACUCAUUGUCAAGCCAGAUAUGUUUGGCAUAGCAAUGAGUGACAAGAAGGUGGCAUGAUGGCACAAAAAGACUGGCACUCAGGCUAACUGUAUUCUUCAGUGUUUGACAUGUUUUAAUGUGGCUGCAUGACCUCUGGAGAACAGAGGUGUUAUACUUUUCUGUCUGUCCUGAAUUCUGUCUGUCAACUCUCUGCACUUUGUCUCUGUGUGUCAGUGGUUCUGUCUCUGUGUGAGAAAGUAUGCACGUGUCUAGAGCUGGGCGAAAUGGCCAAAAACCAGGGGCGCAACUUUGGUUUUAGAAGUGGGGGGGACAUAAUAAUUACRAUUAUUAUUUCAUUUUUUAAUC